UUUAGUGUAUUGACAUUAAUGGCUUCUUUAAUUUUAUUUUUAUUUCUUUAUUUGGACUAUGUUUCUGCCUUUGCUUCAAAUACGGUUGUAGAGAUUUACCAAUGUUAAUCCAAAAUGUGAGAGGAUCAGAAUUAAAAUGUGUGCGGAUAUUCAAUACAAUAUGACAAUUUAUCCAAAUUUGUUGAAACAUACAAAACAGGAGGAGGCAGAAAGUGAUAUUGAACAGUAUGAAAUGCUUGUCAAUGUUCAAUGCAGCCCCGAUAUUAAAUUCUUUUUGUGCACAAUUUUUACUCCAGUUUGUACAAUUUUGAAUGAACCAAUCCCUCCAUGUAGACAUUUAUGUUAUUCUGCAAAAAAUGGUUGUGAAACUAUAAUGAGGAAAUUUGGUUAUCCGUGGCCAGAGAUUUUUGAUUGUGAAAAAUUGCCUCAUCAUAAAGAUGCAAUGUGUGUAGGGGAAAAUAAUAAUGAUGAAUUGGAAGAGGAUAAAAACAAGAAUUUGGAUAUUUCUCAAAUAAAUGAACUAAAGGAGGUGAAGAAGGUGUUGGAAUGUCCUCAUGCUAUGAAAGUUUUGGGUUCUCAUAGCCAUUUUCUCUUUAUUGCCAACCAAACAUUAGAACAAUGUUCAUUACCUUGCCAUAAUGAUGGUUUAGUGCCCACUUUCUUCACUGCACAUAUUCGUCAUUAUCUAAAGCUUUGGACUGGCGCUUGGGCUGUUACUUGUUGUGUUUGUUGUUUAUUUACAAUUUUUACAUUUUUGGUUGAUUUGAAAAGAUAUGAAUUUCCUGAACGAGCAAUUCUUUUUAUGGCAUUUUCCUAUUUUAUGGUAAGCUCUGUUUAUAUGAUUGGAUUAGUUACUGGCGAUCAACUUUCUUGUGCUACCCAAUCUGCUACUAAACAACCUUUGGUUACUCAGGGAAAUGAAAAUUUUUGGUGUUCGGCAUUGGCUUUGGCACAUUUUUAUUUUAGCUUUGCCGGUUCUCUAUGGUGGUUAAUUUUAUGUUUUUCUUGGUUUCUUGUAACAACAUUAAAAUGGGGAGAAGUUCCAGUUGGACAAGUCUUUUCUUCUUAUUUUAAUGCCUUUGCUUGGAUUUUACCUUUAUUUGGUGUUAUUUUCCUAAUUAUAUUUGGAGGAAUUGAUGGAGAUGUAUUUACUGGAAUAUGUUCUGUUGGAAAUUUACAACCUUCAUUUUUAUUUAAUUUUAGUGUUCUUCCACAAAUUUUGUUGAUAGUUGCCGGCCUAAUAUUUUUCUCGUCUGGUUUUGUUUCAAUUUUACGUAUUCGUUCAUAUAUUAAAUGCAAUAGGUUUGUAACAAAUAAAUUUGAAAAUGCUGAGGCUUCUGAAAAACUUGGAAGAAUAAUGUUAAGAAUUACUUGUUUUUCUCUUUUAUAUGUUUUGCCAAUGUUUGUGAGUUGUUAUUGUUCAUAUUAUCAAACAAUUAAUAUGGAGGCAUGGUUGACUAAUUGGUAUUCAACACGUUGUUUACAUGCACAAAGAGCCGUAUUUGGAUUUACUCAACAAAGAGAUUAUUGCCCAAUUACGGAUCAAAUUGAAUUAGAAAACCAACCUGGCCCUCUUCUCUUCUUCCUCAAAUAUUUGGCCAAUUUUACUGUUGGAAUAGCUUGUGCUGUUUGGACAUUAAAUGGGAAAACUGUUGUAAUUUAUGGAGAAUUUAUGUCGCGUCUAUGUAUGGGUAAGGAGAAUAAUAGAGGAAGGCCUACACGUUUGCCAACUCGAGUUCAUUAA